AGAUCAGACUGGGCAGUGGCAGAGCUCGUCAGUUUGGGCUGGGAAACUAUGAGUCAGAAGAUGCAUCCUCUCUGCUGUUUUCCGAGAGAAGAGCACACAUACUGACAGUUUGAAAAGGGGUUCAAAAUUCCAGAUGUAGAGAAUGGUUUCAGAAAGGAUUUGUUUUGAGCUGUGGUCCCUUCACGUGUCAGCUGUCUGUCAUUGUGGUGUGCUGUACCAUUACAUUUGGCAAUGUUGGCAACAAAAAACAGAGAACUGUCUGCAAAGGAGCAAUUACCAAUACAAGCAGUUCAUCAGAAUUAAUUUUUUAAACAAUGAAGAAAACCAGACGAAUUAGUCCCACUUGAAUUUGCAAGGUGUGCGGAAGGAACGAAACAGCGUUUUUUCUGGUCUAUGCCUUUAAAGUACUCAUGGCUGCAGCACUGUUGAUAUGACUCUUCUGCAUAGCAAACCGGUUACUCAUAGCUGCAGUGUUGUAGACACUUCUGCUUAGCAAAUGAGUUUUAAAAAGGCAUCGUUAAUGAAAAGGUUAGUGAAAUACUGAUCAUCAGUAACAAACCUCUUUCUCCAUGAUAGGAUAUUAUCAUCUUGAUUCCUAUAUAAUAAAGAAGACCUGUGUAUGUGCUGAUUUCUUUUUAAGCAGACCGAUAUUGUGAAGGCAGUAUACAUAGCCAAGAUGAACUCUAAAUAUAGAUGGGAAGGGACAGUGUGUUUCAUAGCUGCCUUCAUGGGUCCUGCAGGAGCUGACAGGUUUCUAUGGCUCUAAAAGUAGAGAGAGGAGUUUUCUUCGGCUGAUUUUCACUGGCUGAUUUCUUCCGUACUGGCACAUUACCUCAACGUGGUUAUGUUAUACAAUGGAGAGGCCUUCCUUGGAAAUUAACCUGCAUGAUACUCAUGAAGAAGGAAAACUUUAUGUAGUUGAUUCCUUAAACAACCUAAACAAACUAAAUGUUUGUCCAGCUGAAUCCCAACAUGCACUAGAUGAGGAAGAGAGCACUGUUGGUGCUGGAGAAAACACAGCAGGGAGCAACAGAAACCAGUGUUUGUUCUUCGUCACAUUUAUUCUUACUUUGAUCGUCAGUUUGGCACUUGUUUCAUUCGUGAUAUUCUUAAUAAUUCAAACUAGAAACGAGAUGGACCAAAUAUCAAGCAGACUAUUAUUGGAAAAGAAGAACAUAGAAGAGCUUAAGAAAAUGAACAAUAUGAUAUUAAAGCAUCUAAAUCAAUCAGGAUUUAAGGAAAAUGGGAGAUACCUCUUCACACAGUCUCCUGAUCUUCAUGAUUAUAUCUUUACCCAUGCUGAGCUGAAAGUCCCUGGAGAAUAGAUCUUCUUUGGAAUGAAAUUCAGCAUAUUCAUGUACACAGAUGUUUUCACGUAUGGCACACAGAUUACUUAAACAUUCUAUAUGGUCACAGGACCAUUGGAAAAGCCACCUGAAUUAAAAAUACUAGAAAAUAAUAUUCUGUUUUAUGUGAACAUAGAUUUUGAAAUCUAAUCCAUAUGAUUCACAAUAAACAAUGGAUUGUCAACAGUUUUGGGAAGGGUUCCAGAUUCUCUGUGCACUGUAAAUUGCAGGGUUAAUGGCUUAGCUUUACUUUAAAUAUAAGUGAAUGCUCACAGAAAACAGUGAUUGCUAUUCAUGUGAUUCCAGCAUGACCUUGUUCACUUAGUCAUUCUCCUGUUUCUUUGGAACAAGUUUUGUGUUUGCUUCUGUAUUAUUUGUAUUUAAGGAUAACUUCUGAUUCCAUAACUUAAAAAUAAACUCAGUUCUACCACA